AUGGUCACGGGAAAUGGAGCUCUUCGAUACCCCCCGCAGGGUCCGAUGGGCGACCAAGAUUUUCCAGCACGCCGCAGAGCUCCCAAUCCCCUUCAUCUCGACCCUCUAAGAGCCAAUCCUCCUUAUCCCCGACCCUCAACUGCUGAUGGUCCUCGCCCGCCACAUUCCUAUUACCGUUCUCCUCCAUCUCCGCAUCCUCCACGCGCUCCGAGAAAAUAUCCUGCAUACCCCCAUCCCCCACGAGUUGAUUCCGCUCCACGCGCCGUUUCACCUGUCCCCCAUCGACCACGCCCCAACGAUGGCUCACCCAUACACCGACCGACAUACCGUAACCCACCAUACGCAUCACCAGUCACUAAACACGAGUGGGCGAGGAGACCGCCUCCAGAAGCAAGCUUUGAGGGCUUGCCCAGCCAAACGACACCCUCGAAGCCGACAGACCAACCACUUUCCAUAUCUACAGCGAAACUCCAUAAGAAACGCUCCAAACCUCGCCUCGCACAAGCCUCUAACCCCCACGGACUUGUACUACCGCGCAGUCCCUACAACAGUCGGCCAUCUGACCCAUACGGCGAGGAUGCACUCCGUUCUAGCGUGAACUCCGCCAAGACGUCGCGCUCCAGCAUCGAGCAAGCGAGUGGGACAGAACGAAGUAGCGUUUUGACUAAGAGCAGCUCCAUUACCGAUUUAUCUCCGGAUACGCCAGAUGGUUCAUAUGAGAAAGAUGAAGGAAUGAGUGUCGAAGAUGCCAUUUCCAUGUACUUGGACGGGUUUAGUGACGUGACAGAAGAGCCGGCGUCACCAGAUUUUAUAGAAGACAGCAAACUUAGAUCGUUGAGUCCGCUACCCCCGGCGGAGUUUGUACUAGACGACGACCGUGCUCCCAGCACUGAACCGAAUUUGCAUUAUAUCAGCGAUUUUCCACCAACACCACCUACGAUUUCACAGUUGAACACACCAGACAAUGAUGUUUUGCGCAAACAAUACUUUGAAGAAGCGCACGAAGAAGAAAAUCCGCUAGACCCUCCUAAUGGGCCUAUAGCCACACUUCUGCAGCAAGCGCCAGCACCAAAUCCCUCACAGUUGAACCCACAAGGUCAGAACUUGUUGGACAAGCAAUUUCUAGGAGAGGGCCGUCCAUAUGAGAAUUCGGUGGAUGAAUCUUUACAUGAGUCUCUAGAUGAGCCUAUAAACGACCAUUUGGACAAGCCUCCCGAAAAACCUCUUGAGCCGACCUCUCCAACUCAACCGCCUCCCACACCUCACUCCGUUGAAACCAAGGUCGAGCUCCCAGGAAUUGUGCCUCCGCCAUUGGCCAUCGCCACGGAGACGAGAGACUGCUAUGGGUUUCGGAAAGCCACAAGUUACGUUACUAUCCAGCAGUACGAGGCCUGGAGCGCUUCGUACGCCGACUUCGCUGCUAAUCGCCGAGUAAAAUGGGCUGAGCUAUUUCGCGAAAACGGGCUACCACCUACCAACCCGACGACCUUUCCACCAAAGUCGCCCAAGGUAAAACGUUUCGUAAGGAAAGGAAUCCCUCCCGAGCUUCGAGGCGCGGCGUGGUUCUGGUACGCUGGAGGCUUCGAGCAGCUUAACCGAAAUCCGGGGUUGUAUGACCAGCUCGUCCAACAAGCGAUGGAAUCUCCAAGCAACGACGACAAGGAGCACAUCGAGCGUGAUUUGCACCGAACUUUCCCUGACAAUAUUCAUUUUAAACCGGAGCAAACUGGACAACCUGGCCUUGACGGUGGCAGCUCAGGGAGCUCUGUCACAGUUGAAACAGAAAUGAUUCGAUCUCUGCGGCGGGUGCUCUAUGCGUUUGCCCUUCAUAACCCCCAGAUUGGCUAUACGCAGUCACUCAAUUUUAUCACCGGGCUAUUUCUGCUUUUCCUGCCCGAGGAGAAGGCGUUUUGGAUGCUACAUAUUGUCACAUCGACAUAUCUUCCCAACACGCACGAAAUCAGCCUUGAGGGCGCCAAUGUAGAUCUUUGGAUUCUCAUGGUUCUUCUGAAAGAGUCGUUACCGAAUGUUUACAACAAAAUUGCGGACACGGGAACCUCCAAAAGAAGCGCUCCGCUUUCGGUGAACUCACGACUUCCUGACAUUACUCUCGGCCUAACAAACUGGCUAAUGUCUGUCUUUAUUGGCACGCUACCUCUCGAAACGAUGUUGCGCGUGUGGGACGUGUUCUUCUACGAAGGAUCUAAAACAUUUUUCCGUGUCUCGAUGUCGAUAUUUAAAGCUUGCGAGAAGGAUAUAAUGGCCGUGUCGGACCCAAUGGAAGUUUUCCAGGUGGUACAGACAGUGCCCAAGAAAUUGCUGGAUGCCAACGUUUUACUCGACGGAAGUUUCACAAGGCGGAACCGCGUUGGUCAAGGUCGCAUCGAAGAACUGAGGGCAGCUCGACGGGCGGCAGUUCGGCAGGACAAGCUGCGACGAUCGCAAGCUAUGACCAAGGGCCAGCUCCAUGCAGCAACAGACGAGUGGCCGACGCGAUCUCGGACCCCAAUCCCUGGAAUCGAGCGCACAUUCGCUGAUUCUUGGCGCCAAAUGAGGAACCAUGCAUUCCGGUGA